AUGGCUGCUCCUGACGGGGCAUUCGCAGCAGGGAACGCGCCCGCUCAGGUUGCCGAUUUAUACGCGUCUGUGCCUCAUCAUCGUCAAAAUCUCCCAUCAGCCAACUUCGCGGCGAGCGCCGCAGCCAACGCGAAUGUCGCGGCGAACGCGAAUGUCGCGGCCUUUCCGGGCUCCGCGUCUUUGCCUGUCCAUUGCGCUGCGGUUGCGCCCAACGCUCCGCGCCAACUUCGAGGGAACCACGGGCGAUCGCGGUCCGUCAGUUUUAGCGAUCAACAGCAGCAGUCCGUCAGUUAUAUCGGUCAUCAACGGCAAGAUUCCGUCAAUUCACAAGGUCAUCAGCAGCAGCAGUCCGUCAGUCCCAAUGGCCAUCAACGGCAAAACUCCCUCCGUCCUAACGGUCAUCGACGCCAGCUGUCCGUCAGUUCCAACGGUCACCAGCGCCAGAAUUCCGUCAGUUCUAACGGUCAUCGGCGCCAGCUGUCGGGGUCCGCCCUUUCAACGGGCAGUUUCGCCAGCAGCGCUACCGUUGGCAGCAAUCCAGCCAGUGGUCGCAGCGCUGGGGGUAGCGGCAGCGGAACUGGCGCCAGCGGCCGGCGCAAGUUGCGCAAGGCCGGCACAAUGCCAGACGAACGGUCCCAUGGACGUGGGAGCCUUGCCGCUUCCGCCGCCGCGGUCGCCGCAGCCACCGCUGCUGGAGCGCCAUGGGGGGGCGCUAAUUACAGCAGCGCAGUCGGCGGGUCCGCAUCGUUUCCGCGCAACACUCGCGGCAAGCGCGUGCUCGUGAAAGCCACUAGCAUGCCGCCCGCCGUCGAAUCCCGCCGCCCAUCCAGUGGCGCAGGCAGCGCCACGAGCGGGGGCUCCGCCAGAGCCCAUCGCUUUCCUGCCGGGCGCCCGCAGCAGCGCCUGCAGGUUUCUGCGCAUGCAGCAGAUCAGCCUUCCCCCAGAACGCGCAUGUUGUCCGCAAAGUCCCCGCGCGUCCCGGCGAAAUCCCCCCGCGCGCCCUCCGCCGCGCCGCACGGGGUCGCUCUGAUGGCUUCCGCCUCCCCGCGCGCUUACCGAGGAGGCGCGGGGAUGCCUGUUCCGCCCAAUCAGCAGCAGCUGCGCGCACUAGCGCAAUCCCGCUCUCUCCCGCCGCAGUCCCCCGCUAGCGCCGCCCGCGCAGCCGCCGCGGUGGCAAGCAUAAAAGCGGGCGCAUUUCCCAAGAGUCCCUCGGGCGCACCAUCAAUGGGCGGAAGACCGUCUAGCGGAAGCGGAAUUGCGCAAGGGCAGACGCGCACAGGCGCGGGGAGGGAAUUCGCGCCGCGAACGCCACUCCAUUUAACCGGCGGUUCGCCGUCGCACGCGUCUCCAGGAGAUUCUCACUCGAAGCGCAGUAAGGGAAUCAAUUACCGUGCUCAGAUUAAUCGGUUCCUAGUGUCCGUGAUCGGCGGCGUUGGAAGCGGCGGACCUGCCGGAUCGCGACAUCGGAGGGUUCAAAUUGGUUUCGCCCUCGCUGCAAUCACAUUCCUAUGGCUCACACUCGGCUGCUGGUUGCUGCCGUUCACUUGCCCGUUCCCCCAAGGAGGCCGCAUUCACAAGCGGGUCAAGCCGGCCAAUUUCACAUCGGAUAUUUUCAACCGCCAGCUUCCAGACGCCAUCACCACGGCACUUAAGCAGCCGUGGAAGAAGCAGCCCAUCCCAGUGGUGGUGGUGCAUCAGCAGCCGUCUGGCUCGGUGGCCUGCCGCCCCUCCCACUACAUGCACCGCAACCUGCGCCACACACGACAGCGCAACGCAGUGGUGUAUUUCAUCGGGCCCGACAGCGACGAGUGCGUGGAGAUGGCGAGGGAGCUGGAUAUCGUUUUGGAUCCUGUUAUUGGGUAUCAAGAUGUGGUUGGCUGGUUCUCAGCCAAUCUGGGAGAUCCCGUAUCUUACCAGGUGCGCUGGUUCAUACUCAAGGCCUUCAUGGAGCGACAUGCCUUCCCCCGCAUCUUCUUCCUCGACUCGGACGUCAUUCUCUUUGCCAACGUCACUGAGCUCGCCACCAUGCUCUUUUCCCGCGUGCACCUUGUGGUGUCGCAACGCUGGCCCAGUCUGCGGGCACCAGGCCCCAGUCAAUAUGCCUCCACGGCAGUUAGCGCGCAUGUGUCCCUCUGGACGUACGAUGCCCUCUCAGACUUCCUUGACUUCUUCCAGCUCUUCGUUCAGGAAGCAAUUCUAUAUGGGCAGCCUGGUGACGCACGCCUGGUAGCAGAGCGUGCUUAUAACGACAUGGUGGUGUUGGGAUGGUACACGCACAGGGUGUGCUGGAUGAAGAACCCUCAGAACCUGCACCCACAGUGCAUCUUCGACAAGGAGAGUGGAGUCACUCCCGAGCGGUCAGCGCGCAUAAGAGGGAAGUUCACUCCCAAGUUCCGGGUCGACUCGUUUGCCAUGCCGCGGUGGUGCAAUGCGACGGACUGGUGGGACGAGGGGUGGUGCGUCUUCGAUAAUAACUUCUCAAUCCAGACGCCCACUCAGUUCUUCAAGUAUCGGCCUCAGGACGGCAUGAACGGACAUCUGAAUCUGGACGCCUCCGCGUCCGUGUUCAACGCGUCUGAGCGUCCCAUUCGCGAACCUAUCUGGGCCGGAGCUUUCAUAAUCUGCGCGGCGGUUUUCGUUCUGAGGGAGUUCUCCUGGUUCAUCCGACCGUUACUGUCCCUUAACUCCUUCGCGUCGCGUUUCUUCUCUCUGGAAGCGCUCUCCGCGCUUGCCAUCGCCUUGGUGUCGAUCUUCCCGACGAUGUUCGUUUUCCUUGUCUGCGUUAGAAAGAUGUCCGUUAAGCUCGUCAAGGGGUGCCUCAGAGUUACUGUAGCGUUCUUCGUUAUUCACAGCCUCAUUGCGCUUCACACGCCGCCUCCCCCGCCGGGAUCCACGGCGGCUCCUGCGGCGCCUGACGCGCCCCCACAUUCCGCGAUUUCCGGGGUUCCCUUAUCCACAUCCACGUCAGCAGCCGCGCAUGGGGGUAUCGGUGGCCAAUCAGCGGCGAGCAUUUUGGAGUCCGCGGCUCCGUUCUCCAUGUCACGUUUCCUGCGUGACACGUCAGCAGACGGUCCUCACAUCCACGUCAUCACUGCCACGGCUGCAAACCACAUCGCUGCUUAUCUCAACAGGCGAAAGCUCCAGGCAGCUACGGAACCAGCGCCAGCAGAAAAUUCGAACCCGGCCGUCCCUCCCCCUCCAGGCGCUGACCCCAACGCAAACUACGUUCUCACAACUGUGGUAUCUGUGCUGCUCAAUGUGCUCGUGAUCUGGCUGUUUGGGAUGUCGGCGAUUGUCGUGGUGCCACGUGUCGCGAUCGCAUUCGCUCUCUUCAUCUUCACCUACUUCUUCACCUGGUUCGUGGUGGUGGUAGCUGCCAUAUCAGGCCACGGCUCACGCCGUUCGCUCGCGCUCUCCACUUCUCUGCUGCGCAACCACCUCAAGUCCGCGCUAGCUGUCAACCUCACCGCCAAGUGCAUCCUCGGAGUCAUCUCCACCGUCGUCAUCCUUCUUCUCCUCCUCUUCCUUUCCAUCCUCAUGCUGCCUCUAUUCGGCCAUCUUCUCAAGACCGACGCCAUACAAGCCCUCUUCGUGUUCCUCCCUGUCGCUCUCGCCGUCGGCAUCACAGUUUUCUCCUUCAAGCUCGUGUUCGUGCCCGUCGUCGCCACUAUGUUUGUGUGCUUCGCAUGGGACAACCGCAUUGAAGUGGAUUCCGCUGGGGGCGCUGCUGCUGCUCCCUUGGCGACUGGACAGUCUGAGGAGCUGGUAGCAACUGUGGUGCCUAGGUCAAAUAUCUAA